AUGUUUGUUAUUUCCGCAUACAUUGCAGUUGAAAUUAAAUGCGAUGCCGAAUUGCCAAUAUCGUUAAGUGUAUGCAUUACUAUCGAGUCGUCAUCAUCAAAUCAAAGGCAAAUCAAACAGCAAUCAGCAUCAACGACAACAACAAAAAUAAAGACAGCAACAACAACAGCAACAACAACGAUAACAAAAACGACGACAGCAGCAACAAAGACAGUAACAACAAACAAAAACAGAGACAACAACGACAGUAACAACAACAAAGACAGCAACAACAACGAUAGUAACAACAUGACAAAUAACAACAACAAAAACUACGACAGCAGCAACAACGAUAGUAACAACAACAAAAACAGAGACAACAACGACAGUAACAACAACAAAGACAGCAACAACAACGAUAGUAACAACAUGACAAAUAACAACGACGAUAACAAAAAAAACGACAACAACAACAAAGAUAACCGUAACGACGACAACAGCAACAAAGAUAGUAUCAACAACAACAAAAACAACGUCACAGCAACAAAUACAGUAACAUCAACAAAAACAGCAGCAACAACAACAAUAACAAAAACGACGACAGCAGCAACAAAGACAGUAACAACAACAAAAACAACGUCAACCGCAACUAAACAGAAACAAAAAACAAAAACGGCAGCUACAACAAUAACAACAACAAGAACAGCGAUAACAAAAACGAUGACAGCAGCAACAAAGACAGUAACAACAACAAAAACAGCAGCAACAACAAGAAUAACAAAAACGACGGCAGCAGCAACCAAGACAGAUACAACAACGACAGCCAACAUCAACAAAAACAGAGACAACUACGACAGUAACAACAACAAAGACAGCAGCAACAACGAUAGUAACAACAAGACAAUUAAAAACGACGAUAACAAAAAUAACGAUAGCAACAACAAACAACAACGAUUACCGUAACGACGACA